GAAGCGGAUAUAGCAAUUGCACCUUUAACUAUUACUUCAGCUAGAGAAAGAGUUAUAGACUUUACUAAACCGUUUAUGUCCUUGGGAAUCAGCAUUAUGAUAAAAAAACCAAUGAAGAAAAAACCGGGGGUAUUUUCUUUCAUGAAUCCACUUUCCGAAGAAAUCUGGAUGUGCAUUAUCUUUGCAUAUGUCGGUGUAUCCGUUGUCUUAUUUCUCGUCAGUCGAUUUUCCGCACAAGAAUGGCGCUUCGAAGAAGGUUUCAUGGGUCCUAGUGCCACCAACGACUUUUCCUUUUACAACAGUCUAUGGUUUGCUCUCGGAGCUUUCAUGCAGCAAGGCUGCGAUAUCUGUCCCAGGUCUACAUCGGGUCGUAUUGUUGGUAGUGUUUGGUGGUUUUUCACCUUAAUCGUCAUAUCUUCUUAUACUGCUAAUUUGGCUGCCUUUCUAACUGUUGAGAGAAUGGUAACUCCCAUCAAUUCGGCAGACGAUUUGGCCAAACAGACCGAAGUCGAAUAUGGUACACUCAUAGACUCUUCCACACAGGAUUUUUUUAAGAGAUCCAAAAUUGCGGUGUACGCCCGAAUGUGGGAGUUUAUGAAAUCUAGAAAGCAUGUUUUUGUUACAUCAUAUAAAGAUGGAAUAAAAAGGGUGAGGGAAUCUAAAGGGAAAUAUGCUAUUCUGAUCGAAUCCACAAAGAAUGAUUACAUAAACGAAAGGCAACCCUGCGAUACCAUGAAGGUAGGCAGGAAUUUAGAUGCAAAAGGCUAUGGUGUAGCAACUCCUUUAGGUUCCGAAAUAAGAAAUCAGUUAAACCUAGCUGUUUUAUCAAGAAAAGAAAAAGGAGAUUUGGCACGACUUGAAAAUAAAUGGUGGUAUGACAGAAGUGAAUGUAGAAACGGGGACAGCAAAGAAUCCUCCCAGAACGAACUGACAUUAAGUAAUGUGGCUGGAUGUUUCUAUAUCUUAAUUGGUGGCCUAGGGUUUGCCAUGGUGGUAGCUUUACUCGAGUUCUGUUACAAAUCGCGCCUGGAAGCAACUAGAUCGAAGAUGAGUCUGUGUGAUGCUAUGAAGACAAAAGUUCGCUUAUCUGUUACAGGAGGUCCAAACGGUGAAAGGGGGAGGCGAUGUUCUACACUCCUGCCUCUCAACUGAUCACUGCAGACGGGCAUGCGGACUCCAAUACACAUACCCAAGUUUGAUCUGACCUUUGACAUCUUGGAUCUUCUCAUAACUGUUCAGAAGAACGAAGUGCGAAAGUUGGAGAGUGGACUCUGAAAGAAAUACCGUAAUAUAGUACAUAAAUAUAAUAUUUUAUGAUAGGCCAGAUGCUCAAAAUAUUUGUAAACGAAUUUUCCGGUUCUAUUAUACUAAAUAAAUUUAAAAACAGAAUUUUUUUUGUAUAUUCGUUAUUAUAAU